AUGGAGGGCGGCCACGCCCCUGGAGGACGGGCGGGAGAGCGGCCGCGCCUGCGUACAAGGAGCUUUUUCCCCCUCGCCGGGCACACCGCCGCCUCCGCUGGCGGGAGGGUGGGCGCGAGAGCUGCCUACUCGGGAGUAAAUCCCGCACUCCGAGCUCGGGGGAGCGCCCGGGCAGCCCCGCUGCUGCCGCCGCUGCGCAAAGGAGACACGCACGUGGUCUCGCUCUGUCUCGCGAGCGAGGGAAGGAUUUCCCGGCACGCGUUUGUCCAGGGCGCUGCGGCUGCCGUUUUCUUCCCGUGUGUGGCGGGAGUUGCUGCUUUUGCUAAAAACCCGCGCUUUCUCUACUACGAGGUGGCAGCAGCAGCUAAUCGUGACACAGAGGAAGGGUGGGUCAAGAGAGACAGCUACCUCCCGGUGGGAAGCCACAACUUGAAAGCAGCGGCCAAAGCAAAGGUGGGCUACGACCCCGUGGAGUUGGACCCUGAAGAGAUGUGCCGGAUGGCUACUGAAGAGCCUCAAACUCUGGCCACCUACUCGGUGUCCGAUGCUGUUGCUACCUACUACAUGUACAUGAAGUACGUGCACCCUUUCAUCUUUGCCUUGUGCACCAUCGUCCCAAUGGAGCCUGACGAGGUGCUCCGGAAGGGCUCAGGGACUCUGUGUGAGGCGCUGCUCAUGGUCCAGGCCUAUCACGCCAACAUCGUCUUCCCCAACAAGCAAGAGGAGGAGUUCAACAAGCUGACUGAGGAUGGGCACGUGCUUGACUCGGAGACGUACGUGGGGGGCCAUGUGGAGGCACUGGAGUCUGGGGUCUUUCGAAGUGACAUCCCCUGCCGGUUUAAGAUGAAUCCUGCUGCCUUUGACUUCCUUCUGCAGCGUGUGGAGAAGACCUUGCGCCAUGCCAUUGAGGAAGAAGAGGGGAUGCCCUUGGACCAAGUGACCAACUUCCAGGAGGUUUGUGAUGAAAUCAAAGUGAAACUGAAUUCCCUGAAGGACGUUCCCAACAGGAUUGAGUGUCCUCUUAUCUACCAUCUGGAUGUGGGGGCCAUGUAUCCGAAUAUCAUCCUGACCAACAGGCUGCAGCCCUUAGCGAUGGUGGACGAAGCUACGUGCGCCGCCUGUGACUUCAACAAGCCAGGUGCUAAUUGUCAGUGGAGGAUGACUUGGCAGUGGAGGGGAGAAUUCAUGCCUGCAAGCCGCAGCGAGUACCACCGCAUCCAACAACAGCUGGAGUCGGAGAAGUUCCCCUCUCUCUUCCCAGAUGGGCCUCCCCGGGCGUUCCAUGAGCUGUCCCGAGAGGAGCAAGCUAAAUACGAGAAGAAGCGCUUGGCAGAUUACUGCUGCAAGGCCUACAAGAAGAUCCACGUGACCAAAGUGGAGGAGCGCAUCACUACCAUCUGCCAGCGGGAAAACUCCUUCUACGUGGACACGGUGCGGGCCUUUCGGGACCGGCGCUAUGAGUUCAAGGGACUGCAUAAGGUGUGGAAGAAGAAGCUGGCGGCCGCCAUGGAGAUGGGCGAUGCCUCGGAAGCGAAGCGCUGCAAGAACAUGGAGAUCUUGUACGACUCCCUGCAGCUGGCACACAAGUGCAUCCUCAACUCCUUUUAUGGAUAUGUCAUGCGCAAAGGAGCCCGGUGGUACUCCAUGGAAAUGGCUGGCAUCGUCUGAUUUACGGGCGCUCACAUCAUCACACAGGCCAGGGAGCUAAUAGAGCAGAUUGGGAGGCCCUUGGAGCUAGACACAGACGGGAUAUGGUGUGUCCUUCCAAACAGUUUCCCGGAAAACUUUGUCAUCAGGUCGACCAAUGGCAAGAAACCCAAAGUGACAAUCUCCUAUCCAGGAAGGGUUUACCAACGAUCAGUACCAGGAGCUGGUGGACCCAGCCUCCCUCAAGUACAUUUCCCGCUCGGAGAACAGCACUAUCUCCGGAAAUGGCUCAAGAGCCCCUCCCUGCAGGAUUUCGACAUCCGAACGAUCCUGGAUUGGGACUAUGACAUUGAGAGACUGGGCAGCACAAUCCAGAAGAUUAUUACCAUCCCAGCAGCUCUACAGCAGGUCUCUGCCAACCUACCUCAGGAGGGCACCCCGUGCACACAAGUCGCCGACCUGGAGGACUUUGGGGUCACCAAGCCUUUGCAGCCAGGAGUGCCUGUGUCAUGCAAGCGCAAGCGGAUCCCCACAGCAGAGGAGAGCCAGCAGCAGUCCCAGAAUCUGGAGCUCACCCAGUCCUGGCGGGAGAUUCUGGGCCCACCGCCACCCACCGGCGCCACCCAGGAGGAGCGCCUGGUCUGGCUGUGCUACCACAAGAAGUGGGAGCUGCAGGCCCGUCAGCGCCAGGAGCGCCGGAAGAGGCGGCGGUUGGCCGAUGGCGAGGUGGUCCUGGGCGGGGGGCUGAUCCGGGCUGGGACCUCCAAGGGGCUCAGCAGCUACCUGCGCAGGGCAGCACGCAGCAUCCUCGACAUGCCCUGGCAGAUAGUCCAGAUCGUUGAGACCAGCCAGGAAGGCCUCUUCAAGCUGUGGGCUGUGAUCGGGAGCGACCUGCAUUGCCUCAAACUGAACAUCCCACGAGUCUUCUAUGUCAACCAGCGGGUUCCUAAACCAGAAGAGAGCACUGUCUAUAGGAAGGUGAACAGAAUUCUUCCUCGCUCCAACUUGGUUUGCAACCUGUACGAGUACGCUGUGCCCGAGGAUAUGUAUCAAGAGCACAUCAACGAGAUCAACGCCAGUCUCUCUGCCCCAGACAUCGAGGGGGUGUAUGAGACCCAGGUGCCAUUGCUCCUGCGGGCCUUGAUCCGCCUGGGCUGUGUGUGCAUGGUCAACAAGCAUUUGGUGAGGCAUCUCACUGGCCGAGAGGCUGAGACCUUUGACCUGGAACAUCUCGAGAUGCGUUCUCUGGCCCAGUUCAGCUACCUGGAGCCAGGGAGCAUCCGGCACAUCUACCUGUAUCAUCACUCCCAAAGCAACAAGGCCCUGUUCGGCCUUUUCAUCCCUUCUCAGCGCAAAGCCUCUGUCUUCGUGCUCGACACAGUACGGAGCAACCAGAUGCCAAACCUCACCAACAUGUACUCAUCGGAGCGCAAUGCCGUGAUGGAGAAGGUGGGCCAGGAGCUGCUUCCACCGGAUAAGCACACCUUUGAGGUGCGAGCGGAGACGGACUGCAAGGCUGUCUACAGGGCGAUCCGGCGCCUCCUGCUGGCUUACAAGGACGAGCGCAGGGGCCCCACCCUCAUCGCUGUGCAGUCCAAUUGGCACUCGAAGAGGUUGGUGAACGGCAUGCCGGUCCUGGAGGAGUUCCCGGUGGUUCCUGUCCAGGUCGCCGAGGACAUCAACUAUGGCGUCUUGGACUGGCAACGCCACGCCGCCCGGCACAUGAUCCGGCACUACCUCAACUUGGACACGUGCCUCUCUCAGGCCUUUGACAUGAGCAGGUAUUUCCACAUCCCUAUUGGGAACCUCCCCGAUGAUGUCUCCACCUUUGGCACUGACCUGUUCUUCUCCCGCCAUCUCCACCGCCACAAUCACCUCCUGUGGAUCUCUCCGACCUCCCGCCCAGACCUGGGGGGCAAGGAGGCAGAUGACAGCCGCCUCGUCAUGGAGUUUGACGAGAGGGCCUCCGUUGAGAUCAAUCACCCAGGCUGCUAUUCCACAGUCUGCGUGGAACUGGACCUCCAGAGCCUUGCUGUGAACACCAUCUUGCAGUCCCAUCACGUCAACGACAUGGAGGGGGCCUCCAGCAUGUGCAUCAGCUUUGACGUGAUCCCGCAGGCCUCCCUGCAGGACAUGGUGACUGGGAACCAGGCGGCCAGCGCCCCGGCCAGCUACGACGAGGCAGCCCUUUGCUCCAACACGUUCAGGAUCUUGAAGAGUGUGGUAGUAGGCUGGGUGAAGGAGAUCACACAGUACCACAACGUCUACGCCGACAACCAGGUGAUCCAUUUCUACCGCUGGCUGCGCUCUCCGGCCUCCCUGCUCUAUGAUCCUGCGCUGCACCGCCUGCUGCACCACAUGAUGAAGAAGCUCUUCCUGCAGUGGGUGGCGGAAUUCAAGCGCCUCGGCUCCUCCGUGGUUUACGCCAACUUCAACCGCAUCAUCCUGUGCACCAAGAAACGCCGCAUUGAGGACGCCCUCGCCUAUGUGGAGUACAUCACCAACAGCAUUCAUUCAAAAGAAAUCUUCCACUCUUUGACCAUUUCCUUCUCACGCUGCUGGGAGUUCUUGCUCUGGAUGGACCCAGCCAAUUACGGGGGGAUCAAGGGCAAAGUGCCAUCCCAGGUCCACUACGGGCAGAAGACAAGCAGCCAACAGGCAGGAGAUGUAGAAGACAGUGAAGGGGAGGAGGAGGACGACGACGAGGAAGAAGGGGCAGGAGAAGACGGAGUAGCGGAGCUGCUGGAGAACAACUGGAACGUCAUGCAAUACCUGCCCCAGGCAGCCUCCUGUCAGAAUUACUUCCUCAUGAUUGUGUCUGCCUACAUCGUUGCUGUGUACCAUAGCAUGAAGGAGGAAAUGCAACGUAACGGCCCUGGGAGCACCCCUGUCAAGAGGCGAGCGAGCAGCCAGGUUUCCCAGGAGGCUGUGGGAGAGACAGGUGCCAUGCCUGGCAUGAUCACCUUCUCUCAAGAGUAUGUCUCCAAUGAGCUCACCCAGAGCUUCUUCACCAUCACCCAGAAGAUCCAAAAGAAGGUGAGCGGUACUCGACGCACCACGGAGCCCUCGGAGAUGUUCCCAGCCCUGCCCGGCUCCUACCUGAUGCUCAACAAUCCAGCACUGGAGUUUGUUAAAUACGUCUGCAAGGUAUUGUCUCUGGACACCAACAUCACCAACCAGGUGAGCAAGCUGAAGCGGGACCUUCUUCGCCUCAUUGAAGUGGGCGAAUUCUCCGAGGAGGCCCAGUUCCAGGACCCGUGUCGCUCCUACAUCCUCCCAGAGGUGAUCUGCAAGAACUGCAACUUCUGCAGAGAUUUGGACCUCUGCAAGGGCCCAGUCCUCUCUCAGGACGGCUCUGUGCUGCCUAACUGGGCAUGCUCCAACUGCCAGGCCCAAUAUGACUGUGAUGCCAUUGAGAUGGCCCUGGUGGAAGCCCUGCAGAAGAAGCUGAUGGCCUUCACCCUUCAAGACCUGGUGUGCUUGAAGUGCAAAGGCAUCAAGGAUACCCACAUGCCCGUCUACUGCAGCUGCGCCGGAGACUUUGACCUCCUGUUGCCCACCAAGACCUUCCUGGAGCAUCUGAAGGUCUUCCAGAGCAUUGCCCGCCACUACCACAUGUCCCACCUGCUGGAGAACAUUACCUGGCUGCUUCAGAUGAACCCUCGGCUUCUCUUGUGAGAACCCCCUGGCACUGCCGGGCGAGGCUCCCGCUGCAGCGGACCAGGCA